UGGCGGCACCGCACAACAACAAGUGCAGGGGACAUCUCAACAGGCGGCUAGCGCUUAUGGACAGACCCAGCCAAACUACGGAGCUGGCUAUGGAAGCGGAGCUUCAGCUGGCUACCCUACCGCUGGCGCAGGAUACCAGCAACAAGGUGCCUAUGGGUCUGCCGCUGGUGCUGGCGGCAGCACAUAUGGGACUUCUGCCGGUGCAAGCGGUGGCUAUGCACCAACUGCUGGAAACGCUGCCCCGUAUGGCAGCAGCAACACAGCCCCCGGCUACCCCAACACGGGAGCGGCGACCUCAUACCCAGCUGCAGGAAACAAUCCGGCGUCGAAUUACUCAACAGCCGCUGGACAACCGGGCUACCCAGCAGCCUCGGGGGCAGGCUAUGGCACCGCUGCUGGGGGUGCCUACAACCCUGGGACAGGCACGACUGGUUACUCCUCGGCCCAAUCUGCCACUGCGUACGGAACUGGAGCCGGAGCAUACGGCACCGGGGGCCCGAGCAGCUACGCCCCCACGGGUCCCAGCACAGCGCCUGGCGCAGCACAGGCAGCAAGGAACGCACCCGCCGGCUCCUAUGCUGCAGCCGCGGGUACUGGCGCGCCAGCUGGUUCCUCAGCCAAUGCCGGGUACGGCGCCGGUGCCUCAGCUAAUGCCGCGUACGGCACCGGUCCCUCGGCUAACGCUGCGUACGGCACCGGUACCUCUUCUGGCGCCGGUUCCGCAACCAAUGCCGCGUACGGCACCGGCUCCUCGGCUAACACCGCGUAUGGCACUGGUACCUCAGCUAAUGCUGCGUACGGCACCGGUACCUCGGCUAAUGCCGCGUACGGCGCCGGUCCCUCUUCGGGCGCCGGUUCCUCAGCUAAUGCCGCGUACGGCGCAUACGGGGGCACUACCACGGGAGCUGGCGCGGCUCAGGGCACGGCCAGCAUGUACGGCUCGGGCACCGGUGUAGGCGCCGCAGGCAGGCCUGGGGGAGCUGCGGCGCAGGCGCUGGCCCACAUGCCGGCCGACCAGCAGAGCAAGCUUGUGAGCAUGGUGCAGCAGAGCUCAUACGGACAGCCCAGCAGCGCUGCGGCUGCAACCCAGCCCGCUUAUGGCUCCCAGCAGCAACCGCAGCAGCAGCUACAGCAGCAGCCAGGGCAACAGCAGUACGGUGCCUCACAGCAGCAGUAUGGCGCAAGCGGGACCGGCGCUGCUGCCAGAGCACCCGCAGCCAGCGCUCAGCCCACCAGUACAUCCAUGUACGGGGGAGCUUCCGCACGGCCCUCCUAUGGUGCCGCGCCGGUUGCUGCGGCUGCACCCGCAGCCGCACCCACUGGGGGUUACGGCGCACAGCCGUCCCAGCAGGCCGCAGCGUACGGCACCAGCGCCCCUGCUGCGACCCAGCAGGCGCCUAAUGCAUCCAUGUACGGCAGCAGCGGCCAGACGUACGGCAUGACGUCUGCCCAGGCACCCCAGCAGGCGGGAUAUGGCGCGGCGACAACGCAGCAAGGUGCAUACGGUUCCACGCAGCAGUCGGCAGCUGCGGCGGUUCCCGGGCUGGGGCCCUCAGCGGCGCCCAAUGCGUACGGCAGCGCCGCGUCGUACGGACCUGGACCCUCGAGUGUCGCUGCUCAGCAGGCCGGGGGCUAUGGCUCCGCCGCAGCGCCGAGCAGCCAAGCGGCGCAGCAGAUGGGGGCAGGGAGGACUGGGGCGUACGGCACGAGCGCGCAGCAACAGCCAUCGGGGGCAGCAAGUGGUGGUGCGGCUGGCGUUUCGGGCAUUGGCGGCCCGCCAGGGCUGCAGGCUGGCGUCGGGGGCAGCGGUGCCCCAGCGCGGCCGCCAUCUACUGGCACGGCUCAGGGACAAUAUGGACCUACCAGUUACGGUGCAACCUCGUCAUUUGGGGCCGCCAGCAAGCCAGCGGCUGCACCCGUCUCUGUCGCUGCAACCGUCACCAAACCAGUCACUCCCAUCACCGUUGCGCCCGUCACCAUACACGGGCAGCAGUCCACCUACAGUGCCCCCAGCAGCUACAAUGCUGCCAAGCCGGCUGCUGCUGCUGCCGUUGGUGGUGGUGGUGGUGGCUAUGGAGGCAGUGGCGUGGCGACUUCUCCCACCAGCCGUGGACCUAGCACGCUUGGCGGCAGCGGCGCCCCGGCUAGCGGCCCUGGGCCGUUGGGUCCGAGCACCGGCCCGAGCGCGCCUGCAGGCGGCGCUCAGCCAGUGGCGUCCCGCUACUUCCCGGCUGGACCCGCUAGCCAGGGUGCUGGCAUGGGCCCUGGCCCUGGCCCGAUGGGCCCGAUGGCUGGGCCCCCGGGACCGCGCAUGGGGCCCAUGGGCGGCAUGGGCCCCAUGGGAGGCGGACCUCCCGGCCCUGCCCCCAUACCCAUGACUCGCGCUGCGCCCCCUUACGGCGCCGGUCCGGGGCCCAUGGUGCCGCCGCCUAUGCGCGAAGACGAUCGGGGCCGGGGACCCAUGGGUCCGAUGGCGCGUCGUGACUUUGACGACCGGGGCCCUGGCCCCAUGCGCGGAGUUCCGCCGCCCCCGCAUGAUUUCCGGGACCGCGACCGUGAUUUCCGCGACCGAGAGCGGGAGUACCGGGAUCGGGAUUUGCGUGAGAGGGAGCUGCGUGAGAGGGAUCUGCGUGAGAGGGAGCUGCGAGACCGGGAAUUGCGUGAACGGGAGCUACGGGAACGUGAACUACGGGAGCGGGAGUUGCGGGAGAGGGACCUGCGGGAGCGCGAAUUGCGGGAUCGCAUGUUGCGGGACCGGGAGGCGCGCGAUCGGGAGCUGCGGGAUCGUGAUGCUCGUGACGCGCGUGACCGCGACCGGGUUGAUCGUGAUCGGGACCGAGCGGUGCCGCCUCCUCGGGACAGGGAUCGCCGCCCGUCACCCCCGCCGGCACCUCGGCGCGACAGGGAUGAUGCGGCUCGUAAGCCGCGCAGCCCCUCGCCCGUACCUGGCCCCUCGGGCCGCGCUCCUCCACCUCGGCGCCGCAGCCCCACUCCGCCACCUCCGGCGCCGGCCCCUGCGCGCCCCAAGGUUCCGGAGUACAGCAUCCGCGUGCCCCCCUCCUGCGUGACCACCGCCGAGCGCGACUACCUGGAGUUGCUGCGCCGCCAUGCACACCUGCACGUGCCCCCUGACUUUGUUCGCCUGACGUGCACGUGGAUGCGUGCGCAGCCGGGCCCGGUGGACAGCAUGGGCACCAGCCUGCUGCCGCUGGACCGUCAUGUGCGGUUCGACCAUGAGCAGGACCUGACGCGGGGUGGCACGGACAGGGCUGCUUGCGGCAGCGGCGGCAGCAGCAGCGGUGGCGGCAAUGCCGGCGCGGGGAUGCAUGGCGGAGUCAAGUAUGUGGCAAAGGUCCUCCUGGUGCAGGGUCUGUCUCCGAACAUGCGGCAGGACGUGUUGGUGGGUCCGCACCAUGAGGGCGGCUCGCACCUGCUCAACUCCCUCAAGUUCGUGGCCGCUCGGUUCUUCCGAAACCAACCUGCGCCGGCGACCGCAGCCGCCGGCACCGGCGCGGCUGGGGAGGACCGCGAUGCGAGGGACAACGGCGGCAACAAGGAGAAGCAGCGGGGGGUAUUGGGAGCCUUGGGCGGCGUGUGGGAUCCGGAGCUGGACGGCGGGGAUCCGGAGAGGGAGGACGCUGGCCUCAUUCGCGCCUGCAUCCGCCACAUCAAGGACCAGGCCGGUGUGGACCUGUCGCCCUGCAAGACGUGGCUCCGCAUGUGCGAGCUGACCUACUCGCGCCCCGCGCCUUCGCCGCCGCAAGCUGGCAGUGGUGCCACCACCACCGACGCUGCAUCUCCCACAACUCGGGCGCCAUCCGUAUCGUCGCCAAGCGCGUUGGCUGCCGGUUGCAAAGAGGUGGUGGUGUUGUUCGUGGCUGUGCCGGAUGCCUGCGUUCCCAGGCCAGACGCCUGGCCGGAGGAGGCGCGGCAGCAGCAGGCGUUCAAGACGCAACGCCUUGCGCUGGAGGCUGAGGCCAAGAAGAAGGAGGAGGCUGCCAAGACUAAGAAGGACAGUCCCGAGAAGGAGAAGGUCAAGGAGGAGAAGAAGGAGAAGGAAGAGGCCCGGGCCGCGCCAUCUGCUGUCGGCGCAAGCGGAGAUGGAGCGGCUGCGGCCUCAGGCGGCGCUGCGGAUAAGGACAAGGACACGCCCAUGGAGGAUGCCGGCAAGGAUAAGGAGGCCAAGCCCGAUGCCGCCGACAGCUCGGCCGACACCAGCAUCAAGCAGCCAGCGGAGGCGAAGGAGGCUGCCACCAAGGCUGAUGCUGCGAAGUCCGACGCCGCUGAGGCUGAUGCCCCUAAGGCUGACGGUCCUGACAACUCCGCCGCACCUGCUGCUGCCGCCGCCGCCGCCGCCUCACGCGAGGUGCCACUGCCCGAGGAGCCCUGCAUCCAGCUGCGGGGCCGCGCAGGGCCCUCCGCCGACCGCGUGAAGACCUUCUCCAUCAGCCUGCACGGCCUGCUGGAGUACGACGAGACGGACCGAGAUGAGCCCACCUUUGAGCUCUCCAUCUUUGCGGAGUGCUUCCAGGACUUGCUGGUGCGGGAGUACGGCACGCUGGUGUACCAGGCGCUACUGGCGGAGAGGGAGCAGCUGUUCCUGCCGGCGCCCGCGCCCGCGCCUGUUGUGGAGGCGGUGCAGCGUGGGCCUGCCGAGGGCGCGCAGCCGUCCGGGCCGGGUAGCAAGCGGGGACGCGAGGGCGGCGAGGCGGAAGAACACGAGCCGGCGGGCGGAGCGGCGGCGGGUGGCGAGAAGGACGCCAAGAGGGCGCGAGGCGAGGAUGCGGCGGCGGAUGCAGUCACGUCGGCUGAGGACGCAGCGGGCACCAAGGAUGAGCCGAUGGAGGGGUCGGCGGGCGAGGUGGCGGCGCCUGCAGCGGCAGAGGAAGCGGCGGCGCCUGCAGCGGCAGAGGAAGUCGCGGCGCCUGCAGCGGCAGAGGAGGCGGCGGCGCCUUCAGCGGCAGGCGAGGCGGCGGCGCCUGCAGCCUCGGAGGCUGUUGUUGCGCCUGUUGCUGCUGAAGAGCCGGCGAAGGAGGCUGCUGCUGUGGAGGCCCAGGUGGCCGACACGAACAUGGCCGAGGCGGAGCCGGACACCAAAGCUGCUGCUCUUGAGGCUGCUGCUGAUUCAGAAGCCACUGCUGCUCCUGCUGCUGCGGCGCCGGCGGAGACAGCAGACGGGCCUGCUGAAGGUUCCCAGCCCGUUGCAGAAGCUGCGGAGAAGGCAGGUGAAGGUUCUCAGCCCGAUGCGGAUGCUGCGGAGAAGGUCGAGGAGGAGGAGGAGGAGGAGGCACGGCCUGCAGCGAAGGCGACCAAGGGCAAGGGCAAGGCAAAGGCGGCCGCAACGCGUGGUCGCGGACGGGGACGCGGCCGGGGUUCCCGUGCUGGCAAGGGGCGCAAGGUAGCCAAGCAAGCGGAGGAGGCUGAUGCCGAAGCUGAGGCUGAGGGGGACGCCGGAGCAGAGCCGGUAGCGGAGGCGGAGGCGGGCCCCAUCCAGGAGGCGGCGAGCCAGCCUGAAGAGGCAGCAGCGGCAGGCGGUGAGGAGCCAGCUGCGGCGGCGGGUGCUGAAGAGCCAGCGGCAGCGGCAGGUGGUGAGGAGGCGGCAGCAACGGCAGAGGAGGCGGCGGCAAAGCCUGAGGUGAAGACCGAGGUGAAGGUUGAGCCGGACGGCAACGCUGAGCCAGCGGCCGGUAACGAAGGGCCGGUUGCGAUGGAUACGGCGGCGGCUGGCGCACCGGAGUCGGCGGAUGCGGCUGCGGAGGGUGCCGAUGCCACCAUGGACGAUGCUGUGAAGGAGGAGCAGCCCCAGGCGCUGGCUGCUGAGGAGCAGCCCCCGGUGGGAGCCCCGGAGCCGCAGCCGGCAGCCGAGCAGCCCCAGGCAGCCCCCACGGAGGAGCCGCAGGGCGUGAAGGUGGAACCGCAGGAAGGUUCAACGGAGGCGCCCCCAGCUGCGACUGAGGAGAUCCAGGUUGACGCCAAGCCCGAGGACCAGGCUGCUGCGCCGGCGCAGGAGCAGGCGGCUCCCGAGGUUAAAGAGGAGGCUGAAGCCGAGAUGGAUAUGGAAAUUGACAGUCAGGAGGCUCCGCCGCCGCCACCGCCGCCACCCGCACCUGCCGCCGCUGCGGCGCCAUCUCCUGAUAAGGCGUCGACGGCCGCGGAGGGAGCCGGACGGUCUAGCUCGCGGGAGGCUAGGGAAAACAAGGAUAAGGAGCGGGAGAAAGAGAAGGAACGCGAGAAGGAGCGGGAGAAGGAAAAGGAGCGGGAAAAGGAGCGGGAGAAGGAGAAGGAGCGGGAAAAGGAGCGGGAAAGGGAGAAGGAACGUGAAAAGGACCGGGAAAGGGAGAAGGAGAAGGAGCGCGAAAGGGAGCGGGAAAGGGAGAGGGAGCGCAAGCAGCGCAAGAAGUACAUUACAGACUACAACUUGCUGCUGGCCUUCAGGUUCUUCGACCGGACAGGCUGCGGCUACAUCCGCACGGACGACAUGCGCCGCCUGCUGCACUGCCUCGGCCUGGACCUGCCUCACCGGUUGGUGAGGGAGCUGGUGCGAGGCGGCUGCGAGGACGUCGGGCCCACUUGCCGCUUCAAGGGGGACAAGCUGUACUACCGCGACCUGACAGAUAAGGAGGUGAAGGCUGAGGCAGGCACGGCAGCUGUGAAGGAAAGCUCGGAGCCGCCGUCGCAGCAGCAGCAGCAGCAGACUCCAGCGGCUGCCGCCCCAGUGGAGGGCGCCACCAACGGCGGUCACGGUGAUGCAGCUGAUAUGGCCGUGGACCAUAAGUAGUCAGUUGCAGACGUACGAACACUUCGCAUGCUGGCACCGGUGGUUUGGUGGGCUUUGGCUCAUGUUCGAUAUCAGCCCUUGGCUAAAUUAGUAUAAGCGUUGUUGGCAUAAAGCUUUGUGAGGAUGGCUUGAUGGGGAUGCGCGAACCUAGAGGAAGGCGAGAAGGUUUCGGGCCGAACCUUGCUUAUCGUGUACUGUUGGGAGACAACCUCGUGCGGUUGCAUGCGCGAACGAUUGAUUGUUGUGCCCAUGAUGCACAGUCUUGCAUGAACUCUUGCCGGAUGCCCUUUGUAGAGCAUGAGGGGGCGUUGAUCAUUGUGCUGGCGGCGCUACGUCGGUGUUGAUCUUGUUGCUGCUGCUACUGCGUGCCGUACCGGCAGGUACCAUAUGUCAUAUUAGAUUUCGCUGGGCAAGGAUUGAUAGUAUAUACUAGGACAUAGCGCGAUUUGGUUGCUGUAGAACUUGGCUCUUAGUCGCGGCUGGCAACCAAGCAAGGUGCGAUCAUAAGGCCCAUGCGAACUACUCGUCCUCAGCGCUCGGUCAACUGGAUCAGGCAAUCGAAUGUCACAACCUUGUAACUUCAUCUUCGUCUUUUAAGUCUUGCUGUGCUAGAACUGCGACGCGCAUAUUAUAAACUUGCAACUAUAUUGUUUUCAGCCACAAUCGAGGUUGAGCAGGAGCGCUGUUGCCAUGGAUACUUGCAGCACAACCGGUAGAGGACUACACCACUGCCAGUACAACCAAAGCAGUCGUGGCAUUCCUUUGCUGUAUGUGCGCGGGAGGCGCAUUGCCUUCGCUCCAGCCGCGCCAUCUCGUCGGCGAAACGUUUCUGUCGUCUCGUCUGCUGCGUCUGUACCUGGCCCAAAUGGUGGAAGCGAAGGCGGCCUUGCUCAGCAGUUAGCAAGCUUUCCAAACGCAUUCUGGAAGUUCCUGCGCCCACAUACCAUUCGUGGGACUAUCCUGGGCACAACCGCGGUAACGGCAAAAGCGCUCAUUGAAAACCCACAAUGUAUAGACUGGGCGCUUCUGCCGCGAGCACUUCUGGGCUUGGUGGCGCUGCUGUGUGGGAAUGGUUACAUCGUGGGCAUCAACCAGAUUUACGACGUUGACAUCGACGUCGUCAACAAGCCCUUCCUCCCAGUGGCCUCAGGGGAGCUAUCACCGGCGCUCGCAUGGGGGUUAUGUUUGUCGCUAGCCGCCGCCGGCGUUUCCGUGGUUGCAGCAAACUUCGGACAAGUCAUCACGACGCUCUACACCUUCGGCCUCUUCCUGGGCACCAUCUACAGCGUGCCCCCGCUGCGUCUGAAACAGUACGCGGUGCCAGCCUUCCUCAUCAUCGCAACCGUGCGAGGUUUCCUGCUAAACUUUGGCGUCUACAGCGCCACGCGUGCAGCCCUGGGGCUACCGUUCGAGUGGAGCCCCGCAAUCAGCUUCAUCACGGUGUUCGUGACCGUCUUCGCCACCGUCAUCGCCAUCACUAAGGACCUGCCUGACGUGGAGGGCGACCAGGCCAACAACAUCACCACCUUCGCCACGCGGCUGGGCGUGAAGAAUGUGGCGCUGCUGGCUAUCGGGCUGCUGCUGGCCAACUAUCUGGGUGCUGUGGUGCUCGCACUGCGCUGCCCCUCCGCCUUCAACGUGCCGCUCAUGGCGGGGGCGCACGCGGCGCUGGGCUGCGUGCUGGUGUUGCGCACCGUCAAGCUGCAUGCGGGGGGCUACAGUCGGGAGGCGGUGGCGUCGUUCUACCGCUGGAUCUGGAACCUGUUUUACGCGGAGUAUGCCUUGCUGCCGUUCUUGUAGAGUAGUGUGAUGUGUUGGAGGGCGGAGGUGUGCCCAAGUUGGGUUAGGGUUGAAGGGCUGAGGAGGGGGGCGGUCGAUGGUCCUUGCGCCGUGUUGCUGUUAAGUUCCGCUGCUGCUAAAGUGCUAAUGCUGCUGCUUGGUCACAGCCGCAAUGUGCGGCUUGUGUCUUCUUGGUGUUAUUGUGGGUGUUAUAUGGUUGGUACGACACAGGGCGACACCGCCAUGUGCCGUGGAGGUUCUGUUGGUCCUGAUUUUGCUUCGUGCGGCUGUGCAAGCACACGGUGUUCAGGUUCUGUUCAGUCUGCCAGGCUUAGGUCUGGGCAAACGUAAUUUUGAACGGCACAUCUGCCAUCCAAGCUGCUUCCUCGUGGGGGCGAUGCAAUCCCUUGCGCAUAAUGCAAUGCUUGUUGUGCCCAACGAUCGCACGUCUCGAGCGCGGAGUCUGCUGCGUAGGGGAGCAAUGCUGCCUUUAUGCGUGCUGUUGGGAGUUUUACUCUUUUCCUCUCCCUGGAUAAGCCAGGCUUGGACAGCUCUUGCAGGACUGAUUUCGAAGUCAGGCAGCGGUGGAAUUCAGGUCUAUGACUGCUACAUGGAAUCGGCUGGCAGAAUGCCUAAUGGCACACAUGGGGUGUUUACUGCCGGUAAUGUGGCUUACGACGCCAUCCAAAUACCUG